AUUCCCCUCCUCUUCUCUCCAUUACACCAUAAAGAACCAACACUUUUCCCUCCUCUCAAUAUACCCACCAAUCUCUUCACCCUGUUUUUUUUUUUUCUAUGUUCUUUCUUGUUCUUGUUCCAUCUCUUGUUCUUGUUGAUUGAUUGAUUUUUAGUUUUUAUCUUUCUUUUACUUUGAUGGGUUUAUAAGAACCUUACAUCACUUGGUUUUGAUUCUGCCUCAAUUGGGUUUCAACACUUUUGAACUGGCUGCUGAUGCUGUGUUGCUGCUACUAGUACUACAAGGGCUUUCUUAAUUUGUUACUUCAAGUGGUGUGUGCUUUUUUGAAGAUGGAAAAGAUUAAUUUUGUCAAGAAUGGAGUUUUAAGAUUGCCUCCGGGAUUCCGUUUUCAUCCCACUGAUGAAGAGUUGGUUGUUCAGUACUUGAAGCGCAAGGUUUUUGCUUUCCCCUUGCCGGCCUCUAUAAUUCCUGAAGUUGAUGUUUGCAAGUCUGAUCCUUGGGAUUUGCCAGGUGAUUUGGAGCAAGAGAGGUACUUUUUCAGCACAAGGGAAGCAAAAUACCCAAAUGGGAACAGAUCCAACAGAGCUACUGGCUCUGGUUAUUGGAAGGCUACUGGACUCGACAAGCAAAUUGUAACUUCCAGGGGCAACCAAAUGGUGGGCAUGAAAAAAACUUUGGUUUUUUAUAGAGGAAAGCCACCACAUGGUUCGAGAACCGAUUGGGUUAUGCAUGAAUAUAGGCUUGUUACUUCAGAGACCAUUCAAAAUAAAAACUCAACCCAGAGCCUCGUGAUGCCAGUUGAAAAUUGGGUUCUAUGCCGUAUAUUUUUGAAGAAAAGGAGUGCUAAAAUUGAGGAUGAGGAAACUGGCAAUGCUAAUGGAGGUCGUAAAUCGAGGACCAGCAGGCCUGUUUUCUACGAUUUCAUGACAAAAGAGAGAGCUGAUUUGAAUCUGGCUCCUUCUUCAUCUUCUUCAGGAACAAGUGGAAUCACCGAAAUUUCAUCCAAUGAAUCAGAAGAUCACGAAGAAAGUAGUUGCAAUAGCUUCCCUUAUUUCAGAAGAAAACAGUAAACAAAAUAAAUUAUAAUUUCCCUCUUUAGUGGCUGUACCAGUAAUUGGUGGUCUUCUGAUUAGAAAAUCAGAAUAACCAGUUAGCAAUCUAAUGUUUGGUCAUUUAUUUCUCA